AUGCUUACAAAGAGGAAAAACAGCGCAGAUUUUUUGCAAUCCCUGCAAAAAAUUGUGAAUGAGAAUGAUCAUAAACCUAAAAGUCAUCUUGAUGCAAAGAUCGAGUUGGAGCUUUCUCGAACAGCUAGUCCUACUCGUCUCUAUAGUUUCCAGAAGCCCGAGAAGUCCAUAUAUGAGCUGCGACACAAAGCGUUGCCAGCUUCGAAAAGAAUUAAGCGAAAAGGUGAACAAAUGAUGCGGUCGCCUCCACGAGAAUUUGUUUCUUCUGUGGAGUCUUGUAAGAUGGGUUCCGUGUUGACGGCAUUGUCACUAUGGGAUUCUCAAUUAGAGGAGAAAGAUAGUGAUAUCCUAAGAAUGAUCCAAAAGGCUAUUCGACCGCCCGUAAAAAAGUCUAUUGAUCGUGUGGCUCCAAAUGAUGAAAAUGCCCUUCGUAAUUUGAAAACAGAUGAAGAUUGUAUCGCCUUCUUUGCUGCAUAUGGCUCAGGUAGCCAGGUGAAAUAUGUUUACUUGGAGCGUGCACCUCAAGUGCUAGAAUUUAGGCCGUAUGAUCUCUCUGUCUGUUCGGCAAAGCGGGAUGUGGAAGAAAGGGAGCACUACAUUAUGAGCGCAACAGGGGUUGUACAUGUUCGACCGGGACAACCUUCCGAAGUUGUCAGUUUGGCAGAAUGGAUGAGAGAGUCUUCCUUGUUUGAUGUUCUUCGUAGGAUUCACUUCUUCAAGACUUACCUGGUAUAUAAGGCCUUGCUUCGGUGGCACAAAAACUACAGAGCGAAGCAGUUUCUAAGGACUCGGAAAUCACUUUCAACGGAAUUCUUACUCUCAAAGGCUACCUUCAGUAAUCCUAUUGUAGAUAUUCUGAAAAGCUCCUAUGAACUUACUAUGCACUCACCCAUUCUUUACGAAGCACAAGGCAAGCAUGAUUAUGCUAUUGAAGAGUUCAGAGUGCAACAGUCGAAACAACGACAAAAGACUAUUACAAUUUUGGGUGCAUGCAUUGAUCACAUUGAAUCAGAUGUCACAAAACUGAUUGAAGCCAUGAAACGUAAAGCAGAUGUUCCUGAUCUAAACACGAGGGAAGCUUUGGAACAGUAUCUACUUGCUAAUGCGAUGGUGUCAGGGACAAAGUCGAUUCGUUCUCAACGAAAGAUGAAGUCCAUGCAUGAUGCUCGAGAAGAGCAGUUUAAAAGAAUGCGUGAGCUAAAGCGCAGUAUUGUGGAAUACUCUCAGCUAGACGAAUUUAUUCGUCUUGUGGAUUGUAUUAUUUCUGAAACGGUAUUUCGGACCACUCUAUCAUCCGUACAAAUACUGUUCAACACCCUUCGAAAUCAAGGAACUCAAGAAUUACGAUCCAUUGGUUUUCAGGUUUUGUUACAGUCUACAGAAACUCAAUUGCUGUUUAACCCUGGUGAGAAAUCUAUUCGUGGUGUUUGUGUGGAGACAAUUUCAGGAUGUACAGAGGUGGCAAGUUCGAUAGUACGUCUAUGUAACCAAAAGCAUCUGAAUGCCUACUUUUCGAAGAUACCUUCUGUCUGGAAUAUGGGUCAGGUGCUUGAAGCCGACGCCCGUAUGCUUUUUCUUCAAGAGAGUAUAUUACAAUUGGUGGGUCAUGACUAUGCCCAAGCCAACACCAAAAUGCAGACCUAUUCUAUCACUCUGCCCCAUAUUCACUUUUUGGAAAGGGAAUGGAGUGAUAUUUUGGCGGAAUGGGAAGAGGAAACUGGAGAAAAUCCUCUCUCAUCUUCAACUUUGGGCAAAUUGUACAUCAAGCUGCAAGAAGCUCACGACGCUCUACGCGUCUUGAUGGCAUCAUUCGUAGGUUAUACGCUGUGGAUCAAUGCUGCCAAAUUAAAGACUGAGAUUGAGCCAAGAAUGCGGGUUAUUCGCGAUUGUAUUGAUGCCACACUUCGUUCUAUUACAAGGGACGCCAUUUCUGCACUACAGGUUUAUUUCAAACAAAAAAGCCAAAUACUUAGUGAGCGUCCUGUUCAAAUUCAAGAUUUUGCAGAAUAUGUUGCAAAUUACAAGGCCAUUGUAAAUGAGGCACCUGAAAUAGAAACUAAACUUGCCCAAGCAGAUGCUCUCUGCGAUUUAAUGGACCGACAAUUUGUUGAAUUCUUGGAGGAUGAGGAUAAGCAGCUCAAAGAGAGAACUUUGGGAAGUAGUGGAAGUACAUCGAUGUCGCUUCGGAUUGUUUUUGAUGAGGCAAGACUUCAGGCGGAAGCCUUUAUUGAGGAGAAUUUGUUUGUUCAUACACGGACGUUGGAAGAGAGUGUGGCUAGUGUGGAUGAGGAGUGCCUUGGCAUCCGGCAGAUUAUAUCUGGUGACGAAUUUGCCUUAUUGACUGACAAUAUAGAGCCCAUCAUUCAGUAUUUGGAGGAUGUUAAGAUCAAAAUUGCCGAGUUAGAGGAAACAGAAAAACAAUUUACCCGCUAUGCCAAAUUAUUUGAUGCUCCUGCUAUUGACUGGUCGUCCUUUAACGAAAUGGCAAACUUUGUUUCUUUGCGCUACGAAACUUGGACACUAUUGGACAAUUUUAUUCGUAAUAGAGAGCAAUGGUUUACUUGUCCUUUGAAUGAACUUGAUACACGUGCCAUGGAAGAUCAGGUCAAUGCAAUGGUUCGACAGGCCGUUGCAAUUAACAGACAGGUCCAAGAAAAAGGAUGUGAAGAAGAGGUAACACCACACCUUCUCCUGGAGCUUCAGGCAAUUCGUAACAGCAUGCAAGUGAUUCACGAUUGUGGAAAUAAACACAUGACCCCUGCACACUGGAAUAUUGUGCUGAAGGCCGCAACUGGUUCUGAUAAUCGCUUUCAUGAGGGUCUUAAUCUCCAAACACUCCAAGAGUACAAUAUCAUGGAUCACAAAGACAUUCUUGCAGAACAGUCUGGGUAUGCCACAGGCGAGUGGAAGAUUGUUAAUGACUUGGAAAAGAUCAAACAAACAUGGCAUGACCUUUCCUUUGAAACAAUUCCAUACAAGAACCGUGAAGGAGUAUUUAUUUUAACUCAAUUGGAAGAUGUCAUUCAACAACUAGAUGAUCAUCAAAUUGAGCUUCAAACUAUUAUGGCGUCUCGUUUUGUGGCACCAGUCCGGGAACGCGUAGAGGAAUGGAUUCGCAAUCUUCGACUUGUGGACGAUGUUAUUGAUGAGUGGAUCACUCUACAAAAAAAUUGGAUGUAUUUGGAGUUUAUAUUUUCCUCGGAUGAUAUUAAGGCCCAACUUCCGGAGGAAAGUGCGCAAUUUACCGCGAUAGAUGAACUGUUUCGGACUUUGACGAUGAGGGCAAAUGCUGCAAAAAAUGUAUAUCAAAUUUGCACAGGUAAUAAUGUUCUGGGGGAAAUAAAGGAUAGCAACGCAGCCAUCGAUCAUAUCCAAAAGAAACUGGAGGAUUAUUUAGAGACAAAACGGGUUGCAUUCCCAAGGUUUUACUUUCUUUCAAAUGAUGAACUACUUUCCAUUCUGUCGGAUGUGCGUAAUCCCAAGGCCGUACAGCCUCACUUAUCCAAGUGUUUUGAUUCCAUUGCAGCUCUUGUUUUUAAUGGUGAAGGAUGCUCGGAGAUAGUGGGAAUGUUGUCUGGGGAGCGAGAAGAGGUGGAGUUUGAAAAAACUGUUUACCCAGUUGGUAAUGUGGAACAAUGGUUAUGUCAGAUUGAGUCGAUGAUGAAAGCCUCAUUGCUUAUGCAUAUGCGUAAGACGGUUGAGGCGUAUCCUCAACGCGUGCGUGAAGAGUGGUUUUUUGAACAUCCCGCCCAAUGUAUUCAAGCUGUCGAUAUGGUAGUAUGGACUGGCGAAGUUGAACAAGCAAUAAAUUCAGGAUCUCUGGGACAAUACCAUGAAUCUCAUCAGCGACAAAUUCUUCGUACAGUUGAACUUGUGAAGCAAUCAUUAACGAAGCUUCAACGAACACUUGUGUGUACGCUCAUUGUACUUAACGUACAUAGUCGUGAUAUUGUCCAAACGCUAAAUGAAGGUAAUGUUACAUCCCUUGGUGAUUUUGCGUGGGCCCAGCAACUUCGUUACUACUGGGAAGCCACUGGCGCGGUCAAUUCAAAUAUGAGUGUUGCGAUCCGACAUUGUGGAGCACAUCUUUGGUAUGGCUACGAGUAUUUGGGUAAUCAACCACGUCUUGUAAUUACACCCUUGACAGAUCGUGCGUUCUUGACUUGUACAAGCGCUUUGUCGAUGAAUCUUGGUGCUGCUCCUCAGGGGCCCGCUGGCACUGGAAAAACGGAGUCUGUAAAAGACCUGGGUAAGGCACUUGCAAGACAAGUGGUUGUGUUUAAUUGUUCCGAUGGUAUCAAUUAUAAAACCAUGUCUCGAAUGUUUGCCGGGUUGGCUCAGGCAGGUGCAUGGGCGUGCUUCGAUGAAUUCAACCGUAUCGAAUUAGAAGUGCUUUCUGUUGUGGCACAGCAGAUGCUUGAUAUCACUACUGCCCUUGCACAAAAUCUGGAGCGCAUGGACUUCGAUGGGCACUCAAUUAAACUGAGUAGAAAUUUUGGUGUUUUUAUCACUAUGAAUCCUGGUUACGCCGGUCGUACUGAAUUACCAGACAACCUAAAGGCAUUGUUCCGUCCGAUAUGUAUGAUGAUUCCUGACUAUGCCCUUAUUGCGGAAAUCAUGUUUUACUCGGAAGGUUUUGCCGAUGCAAGAACAUUGGCUCGAAAGAUGGUACAACUCUACAAGUUGAGUUCUGAGCAAUUAUCAAAGCAGGACCACUACGAUUUUGGUAUGCGUGCGGUAAAGUCAAUUCUUGUCUUGGCCGGCGGUCUAAAGCGACAGUAUCCUAACGAAAGUGAAAAUAUGUUGUUGAUUCGGGCCAUGCGUGACGCCAAUGUACCGAAGUUCCUUCGUGAAGAUACUGUUCUUUUCAUGGCACUUAUCAAAGAUCUUUUUCCUACUAUCGCGAUUGAAGAAUCGCAAAACGAUUUGCUUCUUCGUUAUGUGAAGGAGCAAAUGGAAAAAGAGGGUCUACAGGUUAUAGAUGGUUUGGUAACAAAGGCGGUGCAGCUUUACGAUACACUUGUAGUCCGUCACGGUGUGAUGCUUGUUGGUCAAACAUACAGCGGAAAAACGACUGUUUUGCGCAUUGUUCAAGGUGCUUUGACCCAGUUGAAGCUGGAUGGUCACGAUCCAGAAGGUGCUACACCUCUAUUUAACCGUGUACAUAUUCAUUUACUUAAUCCCAAAUCCGUCACAAUGGGUGAGUUGUAUGGGCAGGUCAAUGAAAUUACACGUGAGUGGACGGAUGGUAUCAUUAGUAAUAUCGCACGAGGUGUUACGCGUGAUGCGCAGCACUCCGCCGAUCGUCAAUGGAUCGUUUUUGAUGGUCCUGUGGAUGCAAUCUGGAUUGAAAACAUGAACACUGUCCUUGAUGAUAACAAACUACUUUGUUUGUUUAAUGGUGAGCGUAUUAAACUCCCACCGACGGCGACAUUUAUGUUUGAAGUUCAAGAUUUGGCAGUUGCCUCUCCCGCCACUGUCUCUCGUUGUGGUAUGGUUUUUUUGGAACCGUAUUACAUGGAUGGUGGGCGUGGUUGGAUUCCAAUUGCGAAAACCUUGAUAGCACAAAAGGCUGCAUUGUUUCCAAAGUUUCGCGCAGAACGCAUGACAGAGCUGCUCAAUCAAUUUCUUCCCAUGUCGCUUGAUUUUAUACGGAAGGAAUGCCGUGAGUGGAUUGUAUCUGUGGAUGCCCAGUUGGCUGUUUCAUGCAUAGAAUUACUCACCUCUUUUAUACGAACGCUGGAUGAUGAGAGUCUAUUACCAAAUGUUUUGCGAUCAAAAGACGCCCAAAUGAAACCGGAUGAAGACGAUGAUUUAUUACCGAAACAAGUGGAAAAAAAAGUGUCCCAUGCUGCACCUCCCGUAGGUGAACCGGAUGAAUUUCGCCCUCCUACCAUUACAGAUGAGACUGUACCGACCAAUGAAGAUGCAUUGUUUGAUAUGUAUUUUUUAAUGUCGUUUGUGUGGUCUGUCGGUGGUAAUCUCUCGGAAGAGUCACGUGAGGUUUUUAAUCGUUUUGUGAAAAAACGGUUUGUGGAAUUGUUGCCGGAUAAAAUGUCUAUGGACGAUCACCUCAGUGUCUACGAUUACGUGGUGCACAAGCCAUCCAUGAGGUUUGUUACAUGGCGCCAUUUGGUACCAAGCUUCUUUUUUAGGUUUGAUGUGCCUUACUUUGAACUAAUCGUCCCCACAGUGGAGACUGUUAGUGUAACAACAUUGCUUGGUGUUCUCGUGGCGAGCUCGCGGCAUGUUCUAAUAAAUGGUGUAACGGGCACUGGAAAAUCAUUGUCCAUGAUGAAUUUUGUAACAAGUGUAUUGCAUGGCGAUGAUCCAUCAAGCCACUGGGAUUACUUUGCGACCGUUCUGAGUGCACAGAGUCGUGCUCGUGACAUUGAAGACCGGCUGGAAGGGAAGUUGCACAAGACACGGAGCAAUGCGCUCGGUCCAUCGCCUGGAAAAAGAGUCGUUUUUAUGAUUGAUGAUCUUAAUAUGCCGGCUCUUGAAAAAUAUGGAGCAUCACCUCCGUUGGAGUUGUUACGUCAGCUUAUCACACAAGGUGGGUUCUAUGACAAACGCAAAGCCCCUGCCUCAUUUAAGGAGAUUCAUGAUAUUGUUUACCUUGCCGCGUGUGGUGUGCCUGGUGGAGGUAGGAAUGAGAUGACAAAGCGAUUGGUUUCAAGAUUUCAUUUGUUAUGCCAGCCAGUAUUUAGUGAAUACUCUAUUCGUCGCAUCUUUGGUUGCAUUUUACAUGGCUUUUUUUCAGCAUGGGAAGAACCAGAUGUCAAGAAUUUGUCAGGAGAUUUGGUCAACGCCAUCAAUCAAUGCUACAAUCGUAUCAGUCGGGAGAAACUUCCCACACCGAAGCGGUCACAUUACACCUUCAACUUGCGUGAUUUCAGUAAGGUUGUCCAGGGAAUUAUGCAGGUAUCACCGCAUAGUGCACCCACACGUGGGAGUGUGCUUCGCGCCUUUGUUCAUGAGGUCAGUCGCGUCUUUCAUGAUCGCCUUAUCGAUGAAAAUGACCGUCAGUGGUGGUGGGGAGCGCUGGGCGAGGUGACGAGUAAUGUGCUCCAAAUGCCAUGGGACCCAGAGUUUGAAAAUGUUCUCUUUGGAGAUUACAUGCGGCGGGAUCGCGCCAUGUAUGAGGAAAUUGUCAUUGGGGAUUCCCUUCAAGAGACACUUGGAGAGUACCAGAAAAAUUACGCGAUUGAUUGCAACAAAACAAUAGAGUUGGUGUUUUUUAAGGAUGCCAUCCAUCAUAUUACACGUAUGUGUCGCAUCUUCAGGCAACCUCGUGGACAUGCACUACUGGUGGGAAUGGGCGGUACAGGACGGCAGUCUUUAUGUAAACUGGCCGCAUUCAUCUGUGAUUUACCGGUGCACGAGGUAUCCAUCACACGAACGUUUAGCAUGACGGAAUUCCGUGAUUGUAUGAAGACAAUCUUGUUGACAAGUGGGUGCAAGAAACAGCCCGUGCUGUUCUUUUUGUCUGACGCUCAAAUUAUUUGGGAGGAGAUGCUUGAGGAUCUCAACAAUCUACUCAACACCGGUGAGGUACCAGGACUGAUGCAAGAAGAGGAUGUGGAUCAAAUUGUCGAGGCAGUUCGACCUCUCGCCACCGCGGCUGGUAAAAAAGAAACACGAAAUGUCAUCUUCUCUUAUUUUGUUUCACUUUGUCGUGAUAACGUGCAUGUUGUACUGACCAUGUCUCCUGUUGGCGAGCCAUUCCGUCGGCGUCUGCGAAUGUUCCCGUCUCUAGUGAACUGUUGUACAAUCGAUUGGUUUGAUCAAUGGCCCGUAGAUGCCUUGAACUCCGUUGCCUCACGCAUCUUCACGCAAUUGACGUUAGAGGAGGAAAUGAAGGAACGUCUUAUCAAGCUCUGUGUUUCCAUUCAUGUAGACGUGCAGGAACGCUCCGAGGAAUUUUUUGAGGAACUACGCCGUCACAACUACACCACACCAAGCUCUUACUUGGAGUUGCUUACGUGCUAUCGAAGGUUACUGAGUGAACAGAGUGAACAAAUUUCAGGACAGGUGAAGCGCUAUCAGGGUGGUCUUGACAAAUUGCAGAGCACUCAAGUGCUGGUUGAUGAGAUGAAGGAGCAGUUGGUUCAAAUGCAACCCAAGUUGCUACAGGCGGCAAAAGAUACAGAAGAAAUUAUGGAGAAAGUGCAACAUGAACAGGGAUCUGCGCAGGUGGUGCGAGCGGAGUGUGCAAAAGAGGAGGAGGUGGCGAUGGGCAUCCGUCACGAGGCAGAUGGCAUUCGUGCAGAGUGUCAGGUGGAGCUCGAUAAGGCGCUGCCUAUUCUGAGAGCCGCGGAGAAUGCUCUUGCGGAGCUACGGCCGGAUGAUAUCCGCGAGGUGAAGAGUUUUCAAAAACCAGCAGCCCGUGUUGUACUUGUGCUUGAGGCGGUGCUUAUUUUAUUGGGAGAACGUGAUCUCAGCUGGGAUCGCGCCAAGCUUGUUAUGGGUCGUAUGGAUUUUAUAAAGGAUCUACAAAACUACAAGAGGGAUGAGUUGACCGAGCGGGUCGUGCGAUCCAUACAAAAGUACAUCAACAACCCCGACUUUCAGCCAGAGGAGGUGGCGAAGAGUUCCAAGGCGUGCAAGUCGCUCUCCAUGUGGGUAUUGGCCAUCAACAACUACUACGAAGUAGUGAAGGUGGUGGCACCGAAGCGAGAACGCCUUGCGGAGGCAGAGGCGAAACUUAAAGUCGCCAAUAAUGCUCUCUUUGAAGCGCAGGAAAGGCUAAAGGGUAUUGAAAAUAAAAUCAACGAGCUUAAACGUACCAUGCAAGAGAACAUUGAGAAGAAGGAGCGGCUUGAGGAAGAUAUUCAACUCACCAUGGUGCGACUUGAUCGUGCGGAGCAGUUGAUGAGUGGGCUGUCGCGAGAGCAGAGUCGCUGGUCGACUGCAAUUGAAUUUCUACUUGACGAAACAAAGGGUUUGCCAGGAAAAAUCGCUCUUGCAGCUGGAUUUGUUGCCUAUCUGGGCCCAUUCACCGCCCCAUACCGCUCACGUAUGGUUCAGAAAUGGUGGGAAAAGUGCAAGGAGCUGGGGGUCCCCAUCAGCAGCACCACAUUUGAUCUUACUAGUAUUGUUACCCCUUUGCAGCUUCAACAAUGGACCAAUAAGGGACUUCCACAAGACCCUGUAAGCAUUCAGAAUGGUGUGAUUGUGCAUAAGUCCAAACGUUGGUGUCUUUGCAUCGACCCACAAGGGCAAGCGAACAACUGGAUUCGUGCUAUGGAACGUAACAGUAGCCUCCGCGUUAUAAAACUCACUGACCCUUCCUAUAUGCGGGUGUUGGAAAACGCAAUUCGUAUGGGACUUCCAGUACUAGUAGAGAAUGUCGAGGAAACGGUAGAUGCCACACUUGAUCCGGUUCUACUUUGCCAAACGUAUCGAUCACAGGGGCGACUUCUUUUAAAGUUGGGUGACACGGAACUGGACUAUGAUCCGUCAUUUCGUCUAUACAUGACAAGUAAACUGCCUAAUCCACACUACCUACCCGAAUUGCAGAUUAAAGUGACGGUAAUUAACUUUACCGUCACACAAGGAGGAUUAGAGAAUCAAUUGCUGGCCGAUGUGGUGCGGUAUGAGUACGCGGAACUUGAAACAAGAGCCACUAAAACCGUGAUGGAUAUUGCAAAUGGGAGGAACCAGCUCAAGGAGAUUGAAGAUCGCAUCUUGCAUUUGCUCACAUCUUCGACCGGUAAUAUUCUUGACAAUGAACCACUUGUGAACACGUUGAAGGAGGCGAAAGAGACAAGUGAGGCGGUGACGACUUCACUUGAGGUGUCUGAAAGAACACAAAAAGACAUUGAAUUGGCGCGUAAUCGAUACCGUCCUGUGGCCACACGCGGUGCUAUCAUCUACACUGUCAUUUCACAGCUUUCAGGUCUUGACCAUAUGUACCAAAUCUCUCUCGAUUUUUUUAAAAAACUCUUUGUGCAAUCACUUCAACGCACCGAGAAGGCAGAUGACGUUGAUAAGCGAAUUGCCCUAUUGUUACCUGCUAUGACGCUCAACUUUUAUAGUACCGUUUGCCGUGGGCUUUUUGAAAAAGAUAAACUGCUUUUUGUGGUCAUGAUGUUUGUGCAAAUAUUUCGGCCGGAGGGAGUGGUACGUGAAGUGGAGUGGGAGUUCUUAUUGAAGGGCAGUGAGGGCCGUUUGCUUGUGGACCCCGAGACUGAUAUUUGGCCGGCAUGGAUGCAUGAGGCGGCGUGGAAUGAAUUGACAGCGCUGGCAGAGGCGGUCCCUGAUGUAUUUGCCGAAAUUAAAGACAACGUGUACGACAACGAGGCAGAUUGGUCCAACUGGUUUUCUAGUGACAAGGCGUAUGAGUGGUUCCCGGACUCCAUUCAAUUCCUUACUCCAUUUCAGAAAUUGUUGGUGCUGAAGGCAUGCCGUGAGGAUUUGACAAGUCACGGCCUCUCUUUUAUCUGUGCACAUUACCUUGGAAAGGCAUUUACCGAAAGUCCCGCAUUUGAUCUUGAGGCGUGUUUUGCGGACAGCAGCCCGACGGCGCCGAUUAUUUUUGUUUUAACACCCGGAAGCGACCCAACAGUACUGUUUACAGAAUUUGCAGAACGUAAAGGGUUUGGCGAGAAAAAACUGACACUGUCGUUGGGCCAAGACCAGGGACCGAAGGCGGAAGCGAUGAUUCAACAAGGAUCUUCUGAAGGCAUGUGGGUAUAUUUGCAAAACUGUCACGUGUACGAAUCGUGGAUGCCGUCACUUGAGCGCUGCUUGGAGGAGUUACAGAUAUCUUCUAAAGUGCACACUGACUUCCGAUUGUGGCUUACGACCAUGCCGACGUCUAGCUUUCCCGUGUUGCUGUUACAGUCUGGCGUGAAACUAGUGAAAGAGCCACCAAAGGGACUGAAGGCAAACAUUCGUGACAGCUUUUCCAUUGAGGUGACGCCAGAAUUGUGGGACAGUCACCCAGAGAAUUCGAUUCCGUGGCGCCGUUUGUUGUGCUCACUUACAUAUUUUCAUGCAGUGAUACAGGAGCGGCGUAAGUUUGGUGCGCUUGGUUGGAAUAUCCCAUAUCAGUGGAAUCAAUCGGAUUUUUCUGCGGCUCUACAUUCCAUUUCAGAGUAUAUUCCAGAAGAUGCGGCGGUACAGUUACCGUGGAAUGCUCUACGUUAUAUGGUUGGUAUCAUCAACUACGGUGGGCGUGUCACGGAUUUCCUCGAUACGCGUUCGCUUGUGAAUAUCCUUGAAGCGUAUUUCAACGAGGACGUUGUGCAGCCGGGACAAUUCAACAUUACAGCAGAUGGUGUCUACUGCAUCCCGGCAGAGCUGGAAUCGCUCGAUGUGAUGAAAGAAUAUUUGGCAAAUCUUCCACCUUUUGAAAGUCCAGAGCUGUUUGGACUGCACGCCAACGCCGAUAUUAUGUAUAACCGUGCCACAGUUCGCAGUCAGUUGGCCGCCAUUCUUUCUGUGCAACCUCGCAGCAAAGAAGCAAUGGGACGGACUCCGGAGGAAAAGGUUUUGGAUAUGGUGGAUGAGUUUGAAAAUCAUCUCCCACCGUUGAUUGAUAAGAGUCAGGCAAGUUCUGAGACGUACCAAAUCACUGAAGAUGGUACGAUGAUCUCAUUGGGCACUGUGGUAAGUCAGGAGAUUGAUGUUUUUAACGCCAUUGUGAAAAAGUUACGGCGGACACUGUUGGAGCUUAAGCGUGGCAUUAAAGGGGAGGUUGUUAUGUCAUUGCAGCUGGAAGACAUGUUUGAUGCAUGUCUUCUCGGGCAGGUGCCUCAAGUGUGGCAUGAGGGAGGUUAUCUGUCGCGCAAGCCAUUGGCGUCGUGGUUUCAAGACACAUUGAAGCGUGUAGAGUUUUUCCGAGACUGGAAUGACCACGGGAUUCCAAUGAGCUUUUGGCUCUCCGGCUUUUUCUUUCCGCAAGGGUUUCUUACAGGUGUUCUGCAGGCCCACAGCCGCGAGCACAAGAUUCCAAUUGAUGAUAUUCGCUUCCGCACAAAUGUGACGCGGUACGAGUUGGUAGAAGACAUCGUGACGACCCCAACGUCCGGCGUGCUGGUUCACGGCCUCUUUUUGGAGGGCGCAUGUUUUUCUCUGGAUUCGUUGGUUCUUCAAGAGAGUCAACCGCGCGAAUUGUAUACAUCCAUGCCUGUGAUCCACCUAGAUCCGGUGCGGCUGAAGGAAUACGUCUCGACUGGGGAAACGUACGAGUGUCCUGUUUACAAAACAUGUGCCCGUGCCGGCGCCUUGUCGACAACGGGGCUUUCAACAAAUUUUGUUGUGUUGCUCGACCUCAACGCUGGUGCGGCGACACCGGAGCACUGGGUAAGACGUGGUGUGGCGCUUUUGUGCAUGCUAGACGAUUGA